UUUUCAUCCCAUCACACACGCCUAACACGACAAUCUUGUAUGCGCAAAUCCACGCAAGGAUUUAUUCAACAGGCAAGAUGACGCGAGUAGACUUUCUGCUGCAUGAAUCCGCUGUCGGAUAUGCUAUCUUUAAGGUUGUCCACCAGCAGGACACUGUUGGUCUGCACCUGAAAGAGGUCCAGAAGGCUGGUCAGGACCUCUCCAAGUUUGGCAAGAUGGUGCAAUUGGUCAACUUUGCGCCUUGGAGAAAUGCCGCCGACGCGCUCGAGAAUAUUAAUCUUAUUUCGGAGGGUAUACUCCCCGAUUAUCUCCAGUCCAAUCUCGAAUUGAACCUGCCCCAAUCGAAGAAGAGCAAGAUAAUCCUUGGUGUCGCCGAUAAAAACUUGGCUGGUUCCAUCAAGGCUGCUUUCCCCGGUGUUGAGUGCGAGACUGGCGAUACGUCUGAGGUCGUUGCCGACCUCUUAAGAGGCAUCCGUCUUCACGCAGCUAAGUUGCUAAAGGGUCUCCAAGAGGGAGAUGUAGAGAGAGCCCAGCUGGGUCUUGGCCACGCCUACUCGCGUGGAAAGGUUAAGUUCAACGUUCACAAGAAUGACAACCACAUCAUCAGAGCCAUUGCCACCCUAGACAAUCUCGACAAGGGUAUCAAUCUAUUCUCUCAAAAAGUACGAGAGUGGUACGGCUGGCAUUUCCCUGAGCUCUUUAACGUCGUCUCCGACAACUUGACCUAUUCACGCUUGGCUCUUUUCAUUGGCGACAAAUCUACCCUGUCAGAGGACAAGCUUCACGAGAUUGCCGCUCUGGUCAACGAUGACGAAGAGAAGGCGCAGGAGAUCCUUUCCAAGGCUAAGAUAUCCAUGGGGCGAGAGCUGUCAGAAGUUGAUAUGAAUAACAUCUCCACCUUCGCCGGCAAGGUAGUUAAACUUGCCGAGUACCGAAGAACGCUCUACAGCUAUUUGGUCGAUAAGAUGAGCACGGUUGCGCCUAAUCUGGCUGCGCUCAUCGGCGAAGUCGUUGCUGCUCGUCUCAUUCAAAAGGCUGGUUCUCUGACAAACUUGUCCAAGUAUCCGGCCUCUACGCUUCAGAUUCUUGGUGCAGAGAAGGCUUUGUUCCGUGCCUUGAAAACGAAGGGCAACACUCCUAAGUUUGGUCUCAUAUACCACAGCACGUAUAUUGGCCGAGCAAGUCAAAAGGACAAGGGACGCAUUUCGCGAUAUCUUGCAAACAAGUGCAGUAUCGCCAGUCGAAUCGACAACUUUGCUGAGCAGCCGUCAAAGAAGUUUGGAGAUGCGUUAAGAAGACAAGUUGAAGACCGCUUGGAAUUCUAUGCAACUGGCAAAAAGCCGACCAAGAACGCAGAUGCGAUGAACCAAGCAAUGGCCGAUAUCCUCGCCGAUGGUCAGAGUCUGGCCAUCGACACGGAGAUGAUCGAUGCCCACCCCCAAGCCAACGCUGCUACGCCUAAGAAAGAAAAGAAAUCCAAGGACAAGAAGGAAAAGAAGCGCAAGCAUAGUGACGUAAACGGCUUGGUGGAAGUGGAGGCAGACGGAGACAAGAAGAAGAAAAAGAAGAAGAAGCAUGCGGACGCGUAAGAAUAUGUGCCGUCCCGCAGACAUUGAAAAGAUACACGGUUGAACCAGGCAUCGGUUGGGCGUUCCGGAUUUGCAGGUGUUUCUCUAGGCGUGGUUGUGUAUAGGGUAGGUUCAUACCCAUCGUUAUUCUGCUGGUUUUAGUGGAACUUGGUGUCUAUGAAUCAACGAGUCGAGGGGGAAUAUAGUUUGUUUCUACUGUUCAUGUUUAUGCUACUGGCUGCUAUGAUUUGUUACUCGUAACUUGAGGUACCUUUAGAUACUUGUGCAUAUGUUUUAUCAAUAUGAGCCGGUGAUUUGGAAAUAAGAUAUUUUCACACGAGAUUGUUGUAUGAUGUCCUCGCUGGUCAUAUUUUCUCUCUUGUUACCCUUCCUGUCCCAUUUCCUCCCGCCAGAAUUGGACAGGUUCAAUAGUCUCAGAUUGGCCCAGAAUUUGAUCAUCAC